AUGGACGCGAUCAACAUAAUACGGACUCCAUUCUUCGGGCCCUUCUUAAUGAAGUACCUCCUCAGGCACGUGUGCGCGGAAGUGUACGACCUGCCGCAGGUGAAGCGUCUCGCCACCUCCGGGUCACGGUUCGACUUGGUUAUCUCGGAGGACUUCCACUACGACUGCGUGGCGGCAUUGGCUCACAAGUUCCGAGCGCCCCUGGUCGCCAUCAGCUCCAGCAUGGCGCUGAACGGCGCGCACGACAGGGUGGGUAACCCAGAGCACCCCGCCUACACGGAACAGUACACGGUGCCGCUGGCGGCGCCGUUCACGUUCUGGGGCCGGGUGUACGGCACGGUGAUGCACGUGUACCUGAGGGCCGUCGACUGGCUGCUGGCGGGCGGGCACGUGGACAGCAAGCUGCGCGAGGCGCUGGGCGCGGACACGCCCCCGCUGGCGCAGGUGCUCCGCAACACCAGCCUGGUGCUGGUCAACAGCCACUGGAGCGUCGACCAGCCCGCUCCCAACGUGCCGGCCUUCGUCGAGGUCGGCGGGCUGCACGUGGAGGAGCCCCAACCCCUGCCGCAGGAUCUGCAGAGUUUCAUGGACAACAGUCCUGCUGGAGUGAUCUACUUCAGUUUUGGGUCCAUGGUGAAGACUGACGACAUGCCAGAGGAGAAGCUUAAGGCAAUUAUCGACACUUUUGCGUCAGUGCCGCAGAACGUACUGUGGAAAGUCGACCCGUCCUCUCUGCCACAGCUGCCGCCCAAUGUGCGUGCUCAGAAGUGGAUGCCUCAGAACGACGUCCUCCAUCACCCAAACUUGCGGCUGUUCAUAAUGCACGGCGGGCUCAUGGGGACGCAGGAGGGGAUAACGGCCGGCGUGCCGCUGCUCGUCGUUCCAUUGUUCGCCGACCAGCAGCUGAACGCGGAGAGGGUGGCGGCAGCGGGCAACGGCAUCCGACUGCACUACGACGACCUCACGUUCGAGACGCUGCGGAGUGCCGUCCACGUCCUGAUCAACGACACGAGGUACAGGGAGCGGGCUCGGCAGCUGUCCGUGUUGUUCAGGGACAGGCCCCGGCCACCGCUCGAGGAGGCGGUGUACUGGGUGGAGUACGUCAUCAGACACGGGGGGGCGCCGCACCUCAGGUCCGCCGCGCUCGACCUCGCCUGGUACCAGUACCUGCUGCUAGAUGUCGCCGCCUUCGUCGCAGCUGUGGCGUCUCUGGCGCUCCUAGCGCUGUACUUCGUCGUGCGGCAAGUGUUCGCGCACGUGAUGCGGUUCCAGAAGAGCGAUCUCAAAGCGAAGAAAGAGUGA